AUGGCUUUAGCUCAGUCCUUAGCUUCUUUAUCAUUAGCCGUAUCAGGUGAGAGUGCUAAUGCAUUAACUACCAAAACAUUGGUAUUCAAACCAAAGACCGCUAAAACAGCGACACCAGUUCCUGUAUUGGUCUUUGCACUUCAAUCUACAGUCACUCCCACCCCAACCAUUGCCAAAUCUGCUAAUGUCAAAGAACCAAGAUUAGCAAAGGACGAUCUUGUGCAAGAAUUUUUCAAGACUUCCGCUAAAGAAGUGUCCAUCGCCAACUUGUCUCAAAAUUUGGCGGGGAAGAUCAAAAUCAUUCUUGAUAAUAAUAUUCUCAGUGCCGCAGAGAAAGAUGAGACCUUGAAGUUGACGACUGAAACCGAAGCUGUUUGUUUAUCUGCAAAAAUAGUUUUAGAGUUUUUGAAGUCCACAGGGAUUGAACUUGUUGAGACUGAUUUUGCUGCAGAGCCAGUCGCUACAGUCCCUUCGAAAGAUAAGAAACCAGCACCAGCAAAGAAAGAUGAUGCAAAAAUUGAAGAUGCCAAAUUGAUCGGUAUUACCAUUGACAAGGAAAAGGAUUUUUCCAACUGGUAUACACAAGUAGUGGUAAAGAGUGAAAUGUUGGACUAUUACGAUGUUUCCGGUUGUUAUAUACUCAGACCAAACUCCUACGCCGUUUGGGAAACUAUUCAAGAUUGGUUCAACCAGAAGAUUAGAUCAUUGGGAGUUCAGAAUGCUUACUUUCCAAUGUUUGUUUCGCAAAGAGUUUUGGAGAAGGAAAAGGAUCAUAUUGAAGGAUUUGCUCCUGAAGUGGCAUGGGUCACCAAGGCCGGAAAUUCUGAAUUGGACGAACACAUUGCUAUCAGACCAACAUCUGAGACAGUAAUGUACCCAUACUAUGCAAAAUGGAUCAGGUCACACCGUGAUUUGCCAUUAAAGUUGAACCAAUGGAAUUCUGUUGUUCGUUGGGAAUUUAAGCACCCUCAACCAUUCUUGAGAACCAGAGAGUUUUUAUGGCAAGAGGGCCACACUGCCCAUUUGACAAAAGAGUCAGCAGCUGAAGAAGUUUUGCAAAUAUUGGACUACUAUGCUGCUAUUUAUGAGGAGUUGUUGGCUGUUCCAGUUGUCAAAGGUAGAAAAACUGAGAAUGAAAAGUUUGCGGGUGGUGAUUAUACAACCACUGUCGAAGGUUUUAUCGCAGCUACUGGUAGAGGUAUACAAGGUGGUACUUCGCAUCAUUUAGGUCAGAAUUUCUCGAAAAUGUUCAACAUUUCUGUCGAAAAUCCAGACGGAGCUGAUAAAGAACGGUUGUUUGCUUAUCAAAACUCAUGGGGAUUGUCCACUAGAGUAAUCGGUGUUAUGGUUAUGACUCACUCGGAUAAUAAAGGGUUGGUUUUACCUCCAAGAGUAGCCCAAACUCAAGCUGUUGUUAUCCCUGUAGGAAUCACCGCCAAAACAGGUGAAGACCAAAGAAAACAAAUCAAUGAUGGUGCUGAAGAAAUUGAACAUAGAUUAAAGAAAGCUGGUAUUAAAGCCACCGGUGAUUACAGAGACUCUUAUAAUCCAGGUUGGAAGUUUGCUGAUUGGGAAUUGAAGGGUGUUCCACUUCGAUUGGAAUUUGGACCUAAGGAUUUGGAGUCCAAGCAAGUCACUGUCGUUAGAAGAAACGAUGGUCAAAAAUACACUGUCAAAUUGGACGAGUUGGAAAAACGUAUUCCAGAAUUGUUGGACGAGAUGCAUGACGCUUUGUUGGGUAAAGCCAGGAAAGAUUUUGAUGAACAUAGAGUAUUGGUUGAAAAUUGGAAGGAUUUUGUCCCAACUUUGAACAAAAAGAAUGUUAUUUUAGCUCCAUGGUGUGGUGAUGCUGAUUGUGAAGAUGACAUUAAAGAUUCAUCGGCAAAGAAUGAUGAUGGUGAGGAUGGUGAUGUGGAUGAAAAGGCUCCAUCGAUGGGAGCCAAAUCAUUAUGUAUCCCAUUCGAACAACCAAAUUUGAAACCUGAUCAAAAAUGUGUCAAGUGUGAUAGAAAGGCUGUUACGUACUGUAUGUUUGGUAGAUCUUACUAG